AUGUAUCAUAAGGUGAAGUGUGGUCUACUGCGAUAUGCCAGGAGCGAUAUAGGACGGUAUACACGUUUGCAGCGACAUGCUCGACUUGUUUUUACCAUAGGCAGGAGUUAUGCUACAGUUUCACAAAGGACCAAAAUCCCAGAAACGGCACGUCAAGUAGAUGGAGUCACAGGUCCAGCGUCAUUGAACUCAUCCGCCAGCACAUCCAGUACCGCUACUACCACAGCUAGCUCGUCUCUGGUCUCUGCGGAGGAUCUCAUUCGAGAUUUGGAGCCGCGGUUCAGCCGGGUUCUACAACGCAUCCUCGAGCGAGGGUUCAAGUACCCGUAUCAAUACUUGAACGAUGCCAACAAGAACCAUCGCAAGCUCUUUAAAGUGUUUUCAGAAUCAAUUUUGAACCGAGUUUGCUCAAAGGGAAACCAUGGCCCCGACCAUGUCCCCACAUUUGUCGACUUUAUCAACCCUAAUGAACAACUUUUACCCACACUUUUCAAGCUGAUUCAGGUGGACAACAACUACCCCAAGCAGCUCCUCACCUACUACAACUUGCAAAAUGAACAAGACUUGAUCGAGCAUCUAAUCACUCACGUUUACAACAAAUACUACGAAGAUCAUAAGAUCGCAACGACUCCAUUUGAAAGCAAACAGAUUGAUUUUUCCAACCCGGCGCAAUGGUACCCGGAAGCAAGAAAAAUGAAGCGGAAAAUCAUUAUGCAUGUCGGCCCAACAAAUAGCGGCAAGACGUAUCAAUCAUUGCAAAAGCUUGCCCAAUCCAAGACUGGCUAUUAUGCGGGGCCCUUGCGGUUGCUCGCGCGGGAGAUUUGGGAUCGAUACGAGCAACUGGGAGUUCGAUGUAAUUUGAUCACGGGAGAAGAAGUUAUCGCCUCUAUCGACGAGUACGGACACCUUAGUGGCUUGGCCUCGGGGACCAUCGAAAUGAUACCUUUGCAUAAAAAGAUGGAUCUUUGUGUUAUAGAUGAGAUCCAAAUGAUUGCCGAUGAGCAAAGAGGAUCGGUGUGGACCAAUGCCGUGUUGGGUGUAUUGGCUCACGAAAUACACUUGUGCGGAGAAGAAAGUGCCGUUCCCUUGAUUGAGAAGUUGGUUAAAGUGACUGGCGAUGAGCUUAUCGUCAAGAGAUUUAAAAGACUAGGCAAAUUGACCGUUGAGAGUCAAGCAACCAAUAUCCACAGUUUGAAAAAAGGUGAUUGCUUGGUGGCGUUUUCGAAAAGGAAAAUCAUGGAACUUAAAAUGCAAUUGGAAACCGAGACUAAUUUGAAAGUUGGGGUAGUAUAUGGUGCAUUACCACCCGAGAUUCGAGCUCAAGAGGCUGAAAAAUUCAACACGGGCCACUACGAUGUCUUGGUGGCGUCGGAUGCCAUUGGCAUGGGUUUGAACUUGAAAAUCAGCAGGAUUGUAUUUAGUGGCAUUUCGAAAUUCAACGGAACUGAGCUUCUCAACCUUACUUCGUCGCAAGUGAAGCAAAUUGCCGGAAGGGCUGGCAGGUUUAGUGCCGAACACGGUUCCAAAGAAGGAUUUGUCACGGCGUUGCUGAGAUCGGCGUUAGUCUAUAUCAAAAAUGCGUUGCUGCAACCUGUUGUAGCUAUUGAAUCAGCGAGAAUAUGGCCAACCAUUGGCGUUUGGAAAAAUUACAUGACCAGCAACUCGACUACAAAACUGUUGGUGGAAACCAUGACUGAUUUUUACCUUAAUGCCUUGAAUUUGAAAUCUGACACGUAUGUUCUUGCUGAAGCAGGACCUAAACUCGCCAUCUUGGAUCUUAUUAAUCGAGAUUGGAAUUUAAGGAAAAUGUCAAUCGAUGAUCAGUUCACUUUAGCUGAAUGCCCCAUCUCCUUUGUUUCGCCAACAAGCGAUUACCUUAUAAUCCCCGCAGUCAAGGCCAUGUUUUUAAACAUUGUUGAAAGAAAAACCCAGAACAUCUUUGAUUUGGAAUUCCUUCUGGACCACAAUGUCGUGGGCUUGCUUGCGAGUAAACAGAAGACGGCUAUAUUACCGUUAGAUGUUAUGCUCAACGGGUUGGAAAAACUCGAAGCGAUACAUAAAUUGGCCUUGCUUUAUCUUUGGUUGAAUCAAAGGUUCCCAACUUUAUUUGUCGAUAAUGAGUCAGCUAUGCAUUUCAAGUAUUUUGUGGAAAAGCGGCUUUCGGAAGAGUUGAACCACAUGAGACGAAUGAACAGAAUGAUGACAGAUAAGAGGGGAGACCGAUACAAGAAAGCAGCAAGAUAUGGCAAUAGAGGUCCAGCAGGUUGGGGGGAAAAGAAAAAAGGAAAUAGGUUCCUAUCGUCAAAGAUGGAAAAACCAAACUUGUAA